GUUAUAUUCUACUUGAACGUUUCCUUUGUUUCCAUUUUAUGAUUUGUGUUGAUUGUGAUUGAAUUUAUUCAUCUUAAACGAGGGGACUUAAAAAGAAUUGUUCCUUCUUUUAUGGUGUAACUGAGUUACUUUUAUGUUUAGAAAACAGUAAUUUUAAUUAGUGAAAAAUACAGCUUUUUUAUGCUUAUAUGGAAAACAGUGAUUUUGCUGUGAGUUUUCUGUUUGAAGCAGUGAAUUUUAUGUUUAUAGAAAGAAUAUAUUGCAGCCUGGAGAGUUUAAUUGUAUAAUUUGGUAGAUUUCCUGAUUUGGAAUUAUCUUUGUUUAUACAGGAGAGAAUUUAUAUAGAUGGCGACCAUACAAGAUAUAGGGGUUGCAGCAGCAAUUUAUCUGCUCAGUGCAUUUAUAUUCUUUCUAGCCUUUGCCAUAUUGAGGCUUCAACCUCUCAACGAUAGGUUUUAUUUUCCUAAAUGGUAUCUCAUGGACUUAAGAAGUACUCCUUCCAGGUCUGGAGCAUUUGUGAGGAAAUUUGUCAAUUUGGAUUUUCGUUCGUACUUAAGGUUCUUGAAUUGGAUGCCAGAGGCAGUGAAAAUGCCAGAACCUGAGCUUGUUAACCACGCUGGAUUGGAUUCAGUUGUUUAUUUGCGCAUUUACUUGAUAGGACUAAAGAUUUUUGUCCCUAUCGCGUUGCUUGCAUUGGCAGUUCUAGCUCCGGUUAAUUACACAAAUAAAACAUUGCAAUCGCGGCUGAAGAGUAUAACUUCUAGUGACAUUGAUAAGCUCUCAAUUUCAAACAUUCCACUUGGAUCAGAUAGGUUUUGGACUCAUAUUGCAAUGGCUUAUGCUUUUACCUUCUGGACAUGCUAUGUUUUGCAAAAGGAGUACGAGACAGUUGCAUCUAUGAGGUUGCUAUUUCUUGCAUCAGAAAGACGCCGGCCAGAUCAAUUUACUGUGCUUGUUAGGAAUGUACCACCAGAUCCUGAUGAAUCUGUUAGCGAGUCUGUGGAGCAUUUUUUCCUGGUCAAUCACCCGGAUAACUAUCUUACACAUCAGGUGGUAUACAAUGCAAACAAACUUGCUAAGUUGGUGGAGAAGAGGAAAAGUAAGCUGAAUUGGCUUGACUAUUACCAACUGAAGUUUUCCAGAAAUAAUGCAAAAAGGCCUUUUAUGAAGACUGGUUUUCUUGGACUUUGGGGUAAAAGAGUGGAUGCCAUUGAUGAUUACAUAUCUGAAAUUGAGAAGUUAUCCAAGGAAAUAGCUGAAGAGAGAGAGAGGGUAACAAAAGGUCCAGAAUCCAUAAUGUCAGCAGCAUUUGUUUCCUUUAAAUCUCGAUGGGGUGCAGCUGUUUGUGCUCAAACCCAACAAUCCAGGAAUCCAACUUUGUGGUUAACAGAGUGGGCGCCUGAGCCAUGUGAUGUAUAUUGGCAAAACCUGGCAAUUCCAUACGUCUCACUAGCAGUUAGGAGGCUGAUCAUGGCUGUAGCAUUCGUCUUCCUGACUUUAUUUUUCAUGAUCCCAAUUGCAUCUGUACAAGCUCUGGCCAGCAUUGAGGGCCUUGAGAGAGCAGCACCAUUCCUGAAGCCCCUAAUUGAAAUAAAAUUUGUUAAAUCAGUUAUCCAAGGUUUUCUACCCGGUAUUGUAUUGAAGCUCUUUCUCAGUUUUCUGCCAACAAUAUUGAUGAUUAUGUCCAAGUUUGAAGGAUGCACAUCACUAUCAUCUUUAGAGAGGAGAGCAGCAACUAGAUACUAUCUUUUCAAUUUCGUGAAUGUAUUCCUCGGCAGCAUAAUUGCUGGCACUGCACUGGAACAGUUAAAGUCAUUUAUUAAGCAAUCAGCAAAUGAAAUUCCUAAAACAAUUGGUGUUGCCAUAGCACUAAAGGCCACCUUUUUCAUUACUUAUAUCAUGGUUGAUGGAUGGGCUGGAAUAGCAGCAGAGAUUUUGAUGCUGAAACCGCUUAUACUUUACCACUUGAAGAGUUUUUUCUUUGUGAAAACCGAAGAGGAUAGAAAGGAGGCAAUGAAUCGAGGAAGUUUAGGCUUCAACACUGGAGAACCUCGUAUACAACUCUAUUUUCUACUUGGCCUGGUUUAUGCUUCUGUGACACCUAUUCUACUUCCUUUCAUUAUAGUUUACUUCGGGCUAGCUUAUGUUGUCUUCUGUCAUCAGAUCAUUAAUGUUUACAAUCAAGAGUAUGAGAGUGCUGCAGCAUUCUGGCCUGAUGUCCAUGGACGCAUUAUAACUGCAUUGGUUAUCUCGCAAGUUACUCUCAUUGGAUUAUUAAGUACAAAACGUGCUGCUCAGUCAACACCAGUUCUCAUUACUCUUUCUGUCCUCACAAUUUGGUUUCACUACAGAUUCUGCAAAGCCAGAUAUGAACCCUCUUUUGUUAGAUAUCCUUUACAGGAAGCAAUGAUGAAAGACACUCUGGAACGUGCAAUGGAGCCAAACCUCAAUUUGAAGCCCUAUCUUCAAAAUGCAUAUGUCCAUCCUGAUUUCAAAGGGGAUGAAGACUGGAAGGAGGAAUUUAACCUUAGGUUACAAGAAAAUGGGAGUGUGUUAGUACCCACAAGACGCCAAUCUCGAAGGAACACACCAGUGCCUAGCAGCAUCAGUGGUGCAUCCUCAUCAUCGUCGCCAGAUGCUAUUCCUGAACAUUCAGAGCCCUGAAUUAUAGGUACAACUGUGAGUUGUAUUGUCACUAUACUGUAUAUUUUGACUGUGGCUGAGCAACAUGAUGCAGUCUAAAGAGGGUGGCAAUGUAAAUUAAAUGAACAAAUAGUGGAAGAGGAGGCAGUCAAGAGACUCUGAGUAGAAAACAAGUUGUGAAUUUUGUGGCUGUUAAAAUAAAGAUUUAUAAGAGGAUGAUAGAGUAAAUAUUGUGCAAGAGUAUUUGCUUGAGAUUUCUUCUGAUUUGUUUCUAAAACAAAAAUAAUUGUUUCUUUUUUGCA